CAACUUUUCAGUUUGGAAUUGUUGAUUGGUCGGAACAAAUUCUGCGAAAAUAAAAAAGAAAAGUGUCAAAGUUUCCGUGAAAGAUUUUAAGCUAAAGCCUAAAGGGUGCAAUUAAUGUUUGCAGUUAAUGAAAGUACUUAACACACUGAAUGCCUGUUUCAACGAACUCAUUAACGAGGCCAUGAAACUCGCUUCCCAGUCUCCCUUUCUUCCCUUAAAUUCAUGACAAUCCUCGCAGCCUUUCACGAUUCCACUUCGUAAGCAAACUCCCCCCUUACCUUCCUUUCUUCUUAACUCUGGGGUUUCUCUACUUUUCUUGUUCUAUAGAUGGAAAAUAGGAAGGUUUUUUCAGUUAAGGUGGAGGAUGGAAGGGAAGGACGAGAUGGGAAGCCAUCAGUUGGUCCCGUGUACCGUAACCUACUCGCCAAGCAAGGAUACCCUCCACCUGAUCCUGAGAUGUCUACCACAUGGACUCUUUUCAGUUCAUCUGUUGAGAAGUACCCUGGAAACAGGAUGCUUGGAUGGCGAAAAUUUGUUGAUGGCAAGGUGGGUCCUUAUAUCUGGAAAACGUAUAAGGAAGUUUAUGAUGAAGUUCUGCAUGUUGGUUCUGCAUUGCGAGCAUCUGGUGUUGAACCUGGAUGUCGGGUUGGGAUUUAUGGAGCAAACUGCCCGCAGUGGAUUAUGGCAAUGGAGGCCUGCGGUGCCCACAGUUUGGUUUGUGUGCCUCUCUAUGAUACACUAGGGUCUGGAGCUGUAAAUUUUAUCAUAGACCAUGCAGAGGUUGAUUUUGUAUUCGUUCAAGACAUAAAAGUAAAAGAACUUUUGAAUCCUAAUUGUAAAUCGACUCAACAGCUGAAAGCAAUUGUUUGCUUCACAUCGCUGGCUGAAGAAGACAAUGCUAAGGCAUCUCAAAUGGGGAUUAAGACAUACUCGUGGACUGAGUUUCUCCACAUGGGAAAGGAAAAUCCUUGGGAGAUUUCACCACCUCAACCAUUUAGCAUUUGCACCAUUAUGUAUACAAGUGGAACCAGUGGAGAUCCUAAAGGCGUUGUUUUAACACAUGAAACAAUGGCAACAUUUGUAUGUGGAGUUGAUCUUUUCUUGGAUCAAUUUGAGGACAAGAUGACAGUGGAUGAUGUGUAUUUGUCCUUCCUGCCCCUUGCUCAUAUCCUUGACCGCAUGAUCGAAGAAUAUUUUUUCCAUAGAGGAGCAUCUGUUGGCUACUACCAUGGGAACUUGAAGGAACUGCGGGAUGACAUAAUGGAGUUGAAACCCACAUUUUUAGCAGGUGUACCCCGAGUUUAUGAUAUGAUUCAUGAAGGUAUUCAACAAGCACUACAAGAACUAAGUCCAUUGAGGAAGUGGAUUUUUGAUGCUCUCUACAAACACAAACUUUCUUGGAUGAAUAAAGGGUAUAAGCAAAAAUUUGCAUCUCCUUUAGCAGAUUUGUUGGCCUUCAGGAAGGUCAAAGCUAAGUUAGGUGGUCGGCUUCGAUUGUUACUAUCCGGAGGUGCACCAUUGAGCUCUGAAGUUGAAGAAUUCCUGCGGGUCACUUGUUGUGCCUUUGUUGUCCAAGGCUAUGGAUUGACUGAAACAUGUGGAGCUUGCACUAUUGGUUUUCCGGAUGAGAUGUGCUUUGUUGGUGCUGUCGGGUCUCCAGCUGUGUACAACGACUUGCGCUUAGAGGAGGUUUCAGACAUGGGCUAUGAUCCACUCGGAAAUCCUCCCUGUGGUGAGAUAUGCGUGAAAGGAAAGACUAUUUUCUCUGAGUACUACAAAAACCCUGAACUGACAAGAGAAUCUUUCGAGGAUGGAUGGUUUCAUACAGGAGACAUAGGCCAAAUGCUUCCUAAUGGAAUUUUUAAGGUUAUUGAUAGGAAGAAAAAUCUUAUUAAGCUCUCCCAGGGAGAGUAUGUCGCACUAGAGUACUUGGAAAAUGUUUACGGAGUCACUCCAAUCAUCGAUGAUGUAUGGGUCUAUGGAAACAGCUUCAAAUCAAUGCUAGUUGCAGUGGUUGUGCUACAUGAAGAAAAUGCUAAAAAAUGGGCUGAGUUGAAUGGUUACACUGUUUCACUCUCUGAGCUCUGUUCUCUGAGUAAGCUUCAGAAUUAUGUCCUCUCAGAGCUCAAAUCCACAGCUGAUAAAAACAAGAUGAGAGGUUUUGAGUAUAUCAAAGGAGUGAUUUUGGAAGCCCGGGCUUUCGACAUGGAGCGAGAUCUAGUGACUGCAACAUUGAAGAAAAAAAGAAACAAUCUGCUCAAAUAUUAUCAGGCUGAAAUAGAUGCACUCUACCAUAACUUGACUACAAAAAAGUGAAAAGCCGAAGUAGUAUGCGUGUGCCAUACCCCCACGGUUUAUCGUCAUCCUAUAGGUGAAAAUGGUGUUGAAUGCCUAUGCUUAAUGCAUAAUAUAAGUAAUAAUUGUUGUUAACUGGUUUUCAAUAUAGAAUUCAGAAGGCACAAGUUGCAUUUCAGUGGGGAAAGGAAGAAGAUGUUAUGGUGAUAUUAGCACAACAAAAGUUGAAAAAUUAAUCAUACGCGUGGGUGUUUCACCUUUGUAUUUGUUUGUAUUAUUCACCUAUACUUUGAGCUAGUAAUAUGUAUUUUAUAUAUAUUCAUAUGGAAAAACUCAUUUCAGAAUUGACAAAAACGCAAUGGCUAUGUCUAUUCACUUCUGGAAAACACAAA